AUGGNACUACUGCUAUUNUCUGGCAGGGGAUCUGCACGGAAGUCUGUGAUCAGUGAUGAAAGUGACGAUGAUCUUAAGGAUACAAAAUCUGAUCCCAAACCUACUGGAAGAGGGCGUGGUGGACGAGCAGCUCAGGCUGGUGGGAAAGGCAUCCCUCUUGAUGAAAGUGAUGAUGAUGCCUCAGCUGAUAAGGACACCAAAUCUGGUGGACGAGGGCGUGGUGGUAAAGGACCAUCUGCAGUACCAAGUGGUGGACGAGGCAGAGGUGGUGGAGGACGGGGCGGUUUCAUGAAUUUUGGUGAAAGAAAAGACCCUCCUCACAAGGGGGAAAAGGAAGUUCCUGAAGGUGCCCCAAACUGUUUAGCUGGUUUGACUUUUGUAAUUAGUGGAACUCUGGACAGUUUAGAAAGAGAAGAAGCUGAGGAUUUGAUUAAACGCCAUGGUGGUCGUGUUACAGGAUCUGUUAGCAAGAAAACGAAUUAUCUUUUAUGCGAUGAAGACAUUGAGGGACGGAAAUCCUCUAAAGCCAAGGAACUCGGAACUGCAUUUCUCACUGAGGAUGGUUUGUUCGAUAUGAUCCGGUCAUCAAAGAAAUCAAAAUCAGCUACACAGCCCGAGUCAAAGAAAUCAGUGGACACUGUUGUUUCUCCUGCAAAGAGAAAUUCACAAAAUACAAGUGAUGGAACUGGAAGCACUGCCACAAAGAUUUUAGCUGCCAAAGAAUUGACACCUAGUGCAUCUCCUGCCAAGAGGAAAGGCCAAGCUAAAGAGUCUUCACUACCAUGGACAGAAAAAUACAGGCCCAAAGCUAUUGUAGACAUAAUAGGGAAUAAGUCACUGGUAGAACAGAUUCAGCGUUGGCUGGAGAGCUGGGAUGAGCAUUUUCUAAAUGCAGCUAGUAAGGGGAAGGGGAAAAAACAGAAUGACUCUGGUGCUAAAAAGGCAGUUCUGUUGAGUGGUAUGCCGGGUAUAGGGAAGACUACAUCAGCAAAGGUGGUUAGUCAGCUACUGGGUUUCCAAACCAUCGAGGUAAAUGCUAGUGAUAGUCGUGGAAAGGCUGAUUCAAAAAUUGAGAAAGGAAUUGGUGGUAGUACUGCUAAUUCCAUAAAAGAACUUGUUAGCAAUGAAUCCCUAGGUGCUAAUAUUGGCAGAUCGCACCAUCAGAAGACUGUUCUGAUUAUGGAUGAGGUUGAUGGCAUGUCUGCUGGAGAUAGAGGUGGUGUUGCCGAUCUUAUUGCUAGCAUCAAGUUAUCCAAAAUUCCUAUUAUCUGCAUUUGUAAUGAUCGCUACAGUCAGAAAUUGAAGAGCCUUGUCAAUUAUUGCUUACCAAUUGUCUUCCGAAAACCGACCAAGCAGCAGAUGGCAAAGAGGUUAAAGCAAGUGGCAAAUGCUGAAGGCCUUCAAGUCAAUGAGAUUGCUCUUGAGGAAUUGGCAGAACGUGUUGGUGGCGAUAUGCGUAUGGCUCUAAAUCAAUUGCAAUACAUGAGUCUCUCCAAGUCUGUGAUCCAAUACGAUGAUAUAAGACAGCGCCUUCUAAGCAGUUCAAAGGAUGAAGACAUCUCACCCUUCAAAGCUGUCGAACUGUUGUUUGAUUUAAUUGCCAAGAACUUGAAAAUAGAUCGAAGAAUUGAUCUAAGUAUGAGUGACCCAGAUCUUGUUCCGCUUCUUAUACAGGAGAACUAUCUCAAUUACAAGCCAAGUUCUGUUGGCAAAGAUGAUGAUGGUUUAAAGCGGAUGAGCCUAAUUGCACGUGCUGCUGACUCUAUUGCAAAUGGUGAUUUAAUAAAUGUACAGAUUCGUAGAUACCAGCAGUGGCAACUAUCUCCAGCUGGUUGCCUUUCGUCUUGCAUUAUUCCUGCUUCGUUGUUGCAUGGACAGAGGCAGACUCUUGAGCAGGGAGAACGCAACUUUAAUAGGUUUGGUGGCUGGCUAGGAAAGAACUCUACAAUGGGAAAGAAUUACCGGAUUUUGGAGGACUUGCAUGUUCACCUACUCGCUUCUCGUGAAUCAUAUUUGGGAAGGGCAAACCUGAGACUUGACUACUUUACUCUUCUUACAAAGAAGUUGACAGAUCCAUUAAAACUGCUACCUAAGGAUGAAGCUGUCGAGAACGUUGUGGAUUUCAUGGAUUCGUACUCUAUAAGCCAGGAUGACUUCGAUAAUAUUGUGGAGAUAUCAAAAUUCAAGGGACAUCCGAAUCCACUGGAUGGUAUUCAGCCUGUUGUGAAAGCUGCACUGACAAGGGCAUACAACAAAGGAAGCAAAUCACGUGUUAUUCGCACAGCAGAUUUAAUGUCCCUUCCUGGAAUUAAAAAAGCUCCCAAGAAGCGGGUUGCAGCGAUGCUGGAGCCACUAGAUGAAGGCUUAGCUGAAGAAAAUGGUGAAGCAAUUGCUGAAGAUGAAGAGAACUCAUCAGAGCCAGAGGAUAUAGAUGUUGAGAAAAAGUUGGAGUCAGAUCUUCAAAGUCUCAGUUCGAAGGGAAUCCAAGUAAAUGUAGAUCUGAAGGGUGCCGGUGGAAAGAAGCCGUCUGCUGGAAGAGGAAGAGGAAGUUCUAGUAGCAGGGAGAAAGGAGGCGCUGAAUCCUCGGGCAAGAGAGGUGGCCGGGGUUCUGGAGCUACCAAGAGAAAGAGGUGAAACCCGAAAACAUCUUCCUGACCUAAUGUAUGUUACAACCAUCGGAAGCUGCAGCUUUCCGGAUCUAGCUCUAGCUUUUAGGAAACUUUGUUUAGCUAUUUGUGUAAAAGAAAAAGGGGGUCUUAAGUUGAUCUGUGUACAUUCUACUUGAAGCUGAUGAGUAACUAUUUUCUGUCUAUAGUUUUGGUUUGUAUUCAAAUUUUGGAUUCUCGUGUCAGUGCCGCGUUAAUUCUAUUCCACUAUCCUAUGACACUUUGUUUA